AUGCCACCGAAGCUGAUUGGUGGUGGAAGUUAUCGGAGAGAUGCAUGUCUUCGUCGGAAGAGGGCCUGUGAGAAACUUGUGGAGAAAUACGGUGUGUUCGACAUCAAGGGUUCGACGGUCGGACUAGGGGAAAACAUCUGCGAUGAACGGUUUCCUUGUCCUGACUUAGUCUUGCUGUACGCUAGGAUGGGCCUUCAUCGUUACAAUUUGCUGCAGGGUACAAAGUUUCAGCUGAGUCGCGUGGAGAAAUACAUACUCUCAAAGCCACCUGGCGUUGUUAUUGGCUCUUACUACAUAACUCUGGAUGCAAUGGAUCCAGCUAAUGGCUCUUCUUCUCAAAUUUUUCAGACUGAAGUAUCAGAAGAAGCUUGUGGCAGACUUAUUCUGCUGUGCAACCUUGCAAGAAUUCGAGGGGAUAAAAGCAAUGGCAGAGGAGUGACUCGUAUAAAUGGUAGUUUACCUGAGUGGCCGGCAGAGAAUCCUUUUGAAAAAUAUAACCUGGUGGAGGAAUCAGACGAUGACUGGAUUCGUCUAUAUAUGGAACUUGCUGUUGCCACAAAGGAUAGGAGUAGGGAAGCUAAGGAUUAUGGUCCCUCCACGUUGGAGAUUGUGAAGGUCGCGAUGGAUGCGAAUGGUGAGGGACUCAAUGCCCUAAAUGCGACCUUUUACGUAAGGUACAAGGACUUGUACGAGGCUCAGUCUGGUAAGGUUUUGGACCGCUUUGCUAUAGUUAGAAGACGCCUCCAUGAGGAUACGGGAAGCUUCAGUCUCGUUGGCUCUCUAGUUACGCCAAAUCCGGAGGACUUCCAAAUGUAA